CUAUUUUUUGCAUUGCGCCAUUUCACCUGUUAAUUGGGAAUAUACACCACCUGUCUGCUCACUCUUUUCACCUUAUUUUCGGUGUCUUUUAGGACCAAAUCGAAAUUCAACAGCCAUUAUGCAUUUUGUUAGAGCCGUGUCAACCUUUGUCUGUGUCUGGGCUGCAACGGCGCUCCACAGCACACUAGCAAACUUGGAAAAUCUUAGUUUGAAAGACGUGCCCCAGGCGGUCGUUAAUAGUGGCGUUCUCAAUGACGCGGUGGUAUUUGGCUACACUUACGAGUCUAUGUUGGAUUCGAGCAAGAUCCCUUGGAGCUCGCUGACACAUCUCGUUUUGGCGUUUUUUCAGGUCAGUAGUUCUGGAAAUGUGACUGUAGCAAAUAACAAUCUCCAAUACAUUGUUGGUUCGGCUCACAAGAACGGCGUCAAGGUUAUCGCAUCCAUCGGUGGCAGCGAUGUUGGUUCGGCAGGCUUAGCCAGUGCUCUGGGUGACGAAGCGGCCAGCGCGCGCCUAACUUUAUCCGUAAUCGACAACAUCCGGCAGCACAACUUGGACGGCAUCGACUACGACUAUGAGUUUCCUGAAAACACCAAUCAGGUGCAAGGUUUGUAUUUGGCCCUUCGGAGUGCUCGUGCCGCGCUUGAUUCGACAUUCGGCAAGGGCAAAAAGGUGCUGACAACCACUCUGUUUUCGUCCAAGGGCCAGUUUGGGCCGAACGUCCCAAAAGUGGAUUCCAAGCCAUUUUCUGACAUUGUCGACUACGGCCUGCUGAUGUCGUACGACUAUUUUGGGAGCUUUUCUGAGAUCAGUGCGCCAAACUCGCCGUUUUAUGACGUGCCAGGGUAUCCGGGGCUUUCCUUUACAUCUUCGAUUUCUGCGUGGUUAGACGCAGGUUGGGACCCCAAGAAGUUAGUCGCUGGUUUGGCUUAUUACGGCAGAACAGCAAUCGUUGGAGUAGGUUCGGCGGGGAAAUCGCAGUUUAUGGUUAACUCAGGCGCCGCACCUCCUAGCGGUCCUGUCAAUAAAAUUGCGGGCGCGUGGACAUGGUCAGACCUCCGCGACCCUCAAAAUGGCGCACUGAUUGCCCCAUCAGAGGCAAAUCAGGGCUGGCAACGGUUCUGGGACAAAACCACAGAAACGCCAUGGCUACUACACAACGUUUCGCAAACUUAUAUUGGCUACGACGAUAUGGACUCGCUAACCAUAAAGGCCAACCACAUUAUCACCAAUGGACUUGUCGGCGCCAUGGUUUGGAUGGUCCAGUAUGACUUUGAUCUGGAACUCAAUUCGGUUAUCCAAAACUACUCAGCCGCUUGCUCGCGCAUUGCACAACAGGCCUUGGCAGACAGCGAGGCACCUUUGCUAGAGUCUGUCAGCCUUGCUGACGACAAAGAUUCCGACAGCAACUCGGCUAGCGAAAAUGGUGAAAGGGCUACCGAGCUAAGCAUCACCCCCUAUAUAGUACACACGAGUGGGUCAUCAGGCAGUCUGUAUCAUUUGCCCAUGUUGAUGAUGUUUGCAGCGCUCACGUUUUCUAUGUUCUAAUUUUUAUAUGCC